CACAAAACGACUCCAUCUCUCGCUAGCACUACCUGUCUGACUUACAGCAACCCUCUGGUUUCUCUCUCUUAAGUGUACUUUAAUUCUGAUAUCAGAAUAAGUAGAUACCAUCCCCACAAUGUGGUGGUUAGACCCCGGAAAAGAGGUCUUGAAUGUGCUGUUCAAUAGGAUACUUGCCCCAUAUGUUGAGAACCUGGAUAUGAACCAAGUAAACUACGGCAUCGGACAAGGCCAAUUGACGUUACGCAACUUGCGUCUCAAGAAGGGUGCCUUGGAUAAAUUCAGACUCCCGGUCGAUGUUCUCGAAGGUUAUCUCGGAACAUUCACACUGUCUCUCCAUUGGAUGAACCUCGGCAAUCAGCCUGUUGAAAUUUUGAUCGAAGAUGUGUAUCUGCUCGUUGUGCCAUCCCCUCACACAAAUAUAGACCCAGAGGAGGAAAGACAGCGAGCACAGGCCGCCAAACUCGAACGGUUGGAAAACGCAGAACUUUUGCAUAUGCGUGGUCAAGCGGAAGUUUCCUCAGAGGAGUCUUCGCAGUCGCAGGGUCUCUGGGCUUCGUUAACGGCUAAAAUAAUCAACAACCUGCAGGUGACUGUGAAGAACAUUCACAUACGGUACGAAGACAACAUGAGCGUUCCUGGCCAUCCUUUCGCCGUGGGCAUCACCUUGGCGGGUUUCACAGCGGUGUCAGUCAACGAUGAAUGGCAACCAACUUUCAUCGAAAGUACAGCCGGUGCAAUACACAAGUUGGCAAGGUUGGAAUCACUAGCAGUAUAUUUUGAUACAGACUCGCAAAGUAUGGCAGGGCUCCCCUUGUCUGCAGCCAGAGAUAGGUUUAUUGCCAUGAUAUCACAAAAGGAUCAGCAGUCAUCCCAUCAAUUCAUCCUCAGCCCGGUAUCGGGUGAGGGAAGGAUUGUUGUGAAUCACAAACUUGAUAAGAAUACACCGCACUUUGACGUGCAGUUGCUUUUUGACGAGAUCGGUGUCGCCUUAGAUGACAACCAAUAUCGGGAUGCCAUAUCUUUGGUUGAUAUGUAUCAUGUCUACAUCCGUCAGCGUCAGUACAGAAAAUUUCGUCCAAGCGACGAGGAGCUCAAAGCGAAUCGAGCGAGAGUAUUGUUACGCUUUGCCGCUCAGGCGAUUCUAGACGGUGUCCGCGAUCGACGUCGUAAAUGGAUCUGGGCAUACUUUGCGGAACGUCGAGACGAUCGCAACAAAUAUGUCGAGUUAUUCGAGAAGAAGCUGGCGAACUCAUUGCGCGAACCCGACAUCGCAUUGCUCAAUGCGUUGGAAUGUAAGUUAUCAUACGAGGACAUCCGCUUCUACAGGUCGAUAGCACGUUCCCGUCUACGCAAAGACAUGGAGUUGAGGAAAAGGCUUGAGGAAGACCGCGGUACACAGCAGCAACAGCAAUCUGGUGGCUGGAUGUCUUGGCUCUGGGGGUCUCAGGCAGAUAAACCGAAAGACGAACCCGCUUUCGGAGGUCAAAUGACAGAGGAGCAGCGCAAGCAGCUUUAUGAUGUGCUUGAUUACGAUGAGAGAUCGGCCAUCGCAGAUUCGUUCGAGGCGCCCCGGGAUGCUCUCAAGACGCGAGUGGUUGCGGAACUCAAGAAGGGUUCAUUUGCACUGAAGGUUGAUCCGAGGGGGAAAGCCACUGAUGUUAUCUCCACUGUUUUCGACUCCUUCCGUGCCGAAAUCAUCCAAAGACCGGAUAAUUUUGAGGCGUCUGUGUCGUUGAGAGGAUUUAGUGUUUUUGAUGGGACGACCAAGAACACACUAUAUCCACAGAUAGUUCAAGUCAAGACUUCGGUAGCGGAAGGUGCCAAGGCUGGGGGAGUUGAAGAUCCAUUCUUCUUCGUGAAAUUUGAGAGCAACCCUCUGGACAAACGUGCCGAUACUGCUCUUACAGCCCGCAUGCGUCACAUGGAAAUUAUCUACCACAGGGGGUAUGUUGAGGCCGUUUUCAAGUUCUUUCGUCCACCCGAGAGCCAGUUGGAAUCGGUUGAAGCUUUACUAAACGUAGCAAGUCAGACCCUGGAGGGCCUACGAAAGGAAACUCGGGCUGGUCUAGAGUAUGCUCUGCAAACUCAUAAAACUAUCGAUCUUCAACUGGAUAUGAACGCACCCAUUAUCAUCAUUCCAGAAGACGUCACCACCCACCAAUGCAGCCAUCUCGUCAUCGAUGCUGGCCACGUAGCUGUCGAGAGUGAUUUAGCAGAUAAAGGUGCUCUGCGGGAGAUACAUGCCAAGCGAAACCAGCCAUACAGUGAAGACGAUUACAAAAGACUGGAGUCCCUAAUGUAUGAUAAGAUGUUGCUCAAGCUCGAGGCAGCUCAGUUUGUCUUGGGCAACGACCUACAAGCUUGUCGUGAUGCUCUCACUUCUGAGAAGAGCGACACCCUCCACCUACUGGAACGCAUCAACAUCAAUUUGCGGGUGCAGAAUUCCAUUGUACCAUCUGCUGUCAAUCUCGCUCGAUUCAAAAUUUCCGGAAAAUUGCCCAGUCUUCAAGUGAACGUCUCUGACGCCAAGUACAAGGCAUUAAUGCGCAUUAUAGAUGUUGCGAUCCCACACUUUGAUGAAGGUGACGACCAAAAGCCUCCCCAGACGCACAUCGUUACCGCACCACUCGUAUUGCCUUUGUCAGCCGGUCUCUUUGGACCUGUUGGCACAGAAUACAAUGUAGAUGAUGACGGCGCCAACAGCGAAGCUGCAUCAACGCACAGAGAUGACCUGUUCUUCGAAGCAAGUGAUGGCUCGUUCGAGCAUCCUGAGAUCCGACAACACAUCUUUGAGCUUGAUUUUGAAGUUGACACCCUUCGUGGGGCUAUCUCGAAGUCUAAUAGUGAUGGCAGUGAGAAGCCACUCGGAGAAGUUAUCUUCCAGCAGUUUCGACUUGGGUUCUCGCUUCUCAAAUUCGAUAUGAAUGUGGACAUUAAUUUGAGGUCACUGACAAUGAACGUCGUGCAAGCUGCCAGAGAUCCCAUUCAGCUGGUGUCUUCAGAAUGCACGGAGUCGGUCAUGAAAGAUCUCAUGAAGAUCUCCUACAAACGGGUUCAGAAGAAUUCACCCGAGUUUGAUACCGUCCACGAAAGCAUCGAUCAAAGCGUUGAUGUCCAACUAUCCACGUUCAUAUUUCAUGCUGCACCAGAACCAGUAGUCUCACUGUAUGAUUUCAUCAUGACGACCUUCGUUCCUCAAAGCCCAGAGCAGCCCGUGAACAACACUCCAAGCACAAUCGCUAUCUCUGAUGAUGGGGAGUUGUCUCCGCCUGCUAGUGACACGGGAACAAUCAGAGUAUCUAUCAGACUUGAUAGCGUGCAAGUCAUGCUUCUCAACGACUUCAGUAGCUUGGCCACUCUUUCUUUAUCAACUGCCGACGUUCAGUUACUCCUCCGGACGAACACGAUGAGGAUUACCGGUCGCUUGGGGAGCCUUUCAUUGAGUGACGAUCGGUCAAAGGAACUUGCCAAGCCGCAAUUCAAGCAAAUCCUGUCGAUUGAAGGCAAAAACUUUGCGGAAUUUCGUUAUCAAACUCUUGAUCCUGCAGAACCCUCGAACUUGGGCUUUAACUCGUCUUUUUCCUUGAGUGCUGGGUCUCUCAAGGUCCACUUUUUGGAGCAGCCCCUGCACGACAUUUAUUUCUUUGUCACCAAACUAGCAAAACUCAAGGUUCUCUAUGAUGCUGCGCGUGACGCUGCAGUCCAGAGAGCUUCGGAGAUUGAGAGGAUGCAGUUUGACGUCUCCGUGAAGACACCAAUCAUUGUUUUCCCCUCAGAUCCUAGUCGUUUGCAAGACAUACUGGUCAUGCGACUGGGAGAGAUCAGCGCUCGCAAUUCACACGAAGUUGACACUAGUACAAUUACCGCCAGUUUAUGUGGCAUCCAGCUCGUGUCCGACAUCUUUUAUUAUGGAGAAUCCUCUACGCUGAAGAUGGUUGACGACAUUAAUAUCGUUGCGGAUGUGAUCCAAACAAGCGGAAUCAAUCGAUCGCAGGAGAGUGAACUUCCAGACACCCAGAUUUCAGUGAAGAUAUCUGAUGUCAAGCUGUACUUGACACAGACUCAAUACAUUCUUCUCAUGAAGCUCGUACAGUCCAUACCCAAGAUUUUGGUUGCUUCACCGGAAGGAAAUGCCCAGGCAGAGUCAGCGUUGUCCGUUAAUAGCAAUGACAACAAGGGUAUUUUCAGCAAUCAGAUCGUGGACCUCGAACCCGAACUCCACGUGGCUUCUGAUGUUGACGGGAUCCGCGCAUGGACGACCGUGGAUUUGGUUGCUUCCGUCAAUAUGGUAAAGCUGCACUUGUACGACGGUCUGGCAACUCGCGAAGAAAACCUUGAAGACCAUGGCAUAGCACAUUUUACCCUUAAUGAUAGCAACCUGCGCUACAAAUCGAUAUCUGAUGGCGCUGCGGAAGCUCAAGUUGUGCUGAAGUCAUUCACGAUAAGCAAUACCCGCCCAGGAGGAUCCAAAUUCCGUGAAAUUAUACCUGCAGCGGAUCAUGACCGUAAUCAAUUCAUGGUUCUCUACACGGUGUCUGGCGACUCUUCGGUGGCCAUUCUGACUGUUGAUUCACCACACGUUAUUCUGGCCAUUGAGCCCGUCAUCGCAUUAUUGGAGUUCUUCACGAGCGCGUUUCAACAGGACACCCCGGCUGACAUUGACAACGCAUCCACGGCUGAGUCUCAGCGCGAGUCACCACAGUCUCGACUUGAUUUUCGACUUGAUCUGCACGACGUUUCGGUCAGUGUGCUGGAGAACGACGAAGACGCGAAUUCCCAGGCCAUCAAGUUAAACAUUGACCAAAUUCUGCUGUCACAGCAAGGAAUUCUUGCGUUGACUGUCAAUCAACUAGGGAUGUCACUUAUCUGUAUGGGCGCCGAUGCAGACACUGUGCACUUCUUGGAUGAUGUUGAUUUGACCUUCUCUAUGGAUAGUCGCUCUUCGACGAGAGAACAAAUGACCAGCAUGGAACUCGCUGCCAAACCCAUCGUGUUCCGAGCCUCCUAUCGAGAUAUCAUGCUGAUCACCACCAUCGCUAGCAAAGCAGUGGACCUUUACGGCAAAUCUCAAAAUCACUCUCCUGUGGCCAGCACUAUUAGCACGAAGUCCGCACAAGUAUAUGAGGGGCCCAGCCAAGCAUCACGGUCUAAUGCUACGAGAAGCCAUAGACAGAACAUCGGACAGGCUCACAUUCUAUUAUCCAGAGAACAGCUCAAAGCAUCGUUUGAUGGAUUCCGUCUGAUUCUCAUAGGCGAUAUGCAUGAGCAGCCCAUGCUUCACUUGAAGAUUAAGCCAUUCAUCGUCGGAGCUCGGGAUUGGUCUGCAGAUCUUCGCGCGGCUGCUACCCUUGCGACCCAAAUCAGCUACUGGAACUUGACAAAUUCACACUGGGAACCUUUAAUCGAUCCGUGGACAUUUACUCUCUCCGUUGACCGAGACCGACGCUCCAGUGAACUCAAGGUAUCAGUGUCAGCUCAAGAACGUUUAGACCUCAACGUCAGUACUACUUUCGCGGCGCUGGCUGUCUCUUCUGCCAAUAUGUUGGGUAAGGAAGGACAAGUCGUGCUACAGAAGGCUCGUGGAAGCUUUGCACCAUACCGGAUCAGGAACCGCACUGGAUCCCCUCUCUUCGUAUGGUCUGACGAUGACGCCAGUCGCGGUUCAAAGGAUAGCGGCGCUGUCAAAAUUGCCAACGAUCAAACUGUGGACUGGCGGUUCGAUGACUGGAAGACUAUGCGCGAGCAUGUCUCGACCUCUGAACAACACAACAUUGGCAUACAGUUUGUCGGCAAGCCAUGGGAAGCAGUGAGAGGCAUACCAGUGGAUAGAGAAGGGGAAUUUAUGUUUUCCCUCCGCCCUCGAAUGGAGAAAUAUGCUGAUCGCCUGUUGUGCGCCGUAUCGGUUCAAGACAACGUAAAAAUCGUUACGCUCCGUUCCACAUACCUGGUCGAGAAUCAGACCUUUUAUCCACUGGAGAUUAUGCUAGUGGAUCAUACAGGACAUCCGGUCUACUCGUUAGAAAAGAUAGCCCCUGGCCAGGACUAUUCUCUGCCGAUAGAAGCAGUAACCCAGAACAGGAUCCGACUGCAGCCAGAUCAGGGGUUUGGGUAUAGAUGGUGCACCUCCAUACGCUUUGAGGACCUCAUCGCCAAGAAGAGUCUCACAAUCAGUUGCCCUCACAAUGACCAGCAAGAAGCUCCCUUCAGAUUUCAAGCGUGGGCACAAAGUGACUUGAACGAGUCUGGGACACGGAAAUCACCGAAAAUCAAACUUAAACUGCGCGCGCCAAUCGAGCUCGAGAAUCUACUACCUUACAACAUUCAGUAUAGAAUAUAUGACAAGGACGCUGACCAGAACUGGAAGAGCUACCUCAGAAAGGGUGGCGUCAUGCCUGUGCAUUCUGUGGAACUUGGUCAUUUGGUCCUAUUGAAUGUUGAAGUACAAGAUACGAUCUUCAAGGCCAGUGACUUCGCCAUCAUCAACACCGACCGGAAUUCGGACUUUGAGGUAGAGUCUCGCCUAAGUCUGCGGGAUCAGAGUAACCGCAAACUGGAUCUACGUUUAAACUACGUACGCUAUCCUGAGUCCGGUGGUGCAUUCAAAGUGCAGAUAUAUUGCCCGUAUCUCGUUAUCAACAAGACAGGGUUACCUUUUGGCGUGAAGGCUGCACGUUCUCAUCGAGCGGCAUCCCCUGUCGAGAUUGCCGCUGAUACUAGAUUCGAUGUCAUUUCCAAACCAGUCCCAUUCUUAUUGUCACACCCCUAUGACAACGGUCAAGCAUUUGUGUUCAAAGUUGGGGAAUCUGGUUGGUCGAAGGUCUUCAGUCUAGAGGCUCCUUCUGCGGAAACUGAGAUGGUGACGCCAUCCUUAAGGCAAAAAGCAGAGGAGUUCCACAUUGGGUUGUCGUGGACUGAAGGGUUGGGGAAAUACAAACUCACCAAGGUCAUAACUCUUGCCCCAAGAUUUAUCAUCAAAAAUAACCUGCAAGAUCCUAUAUGCUUCCGGGAGCAUGGAGUAGCACCUAGAGGACGCGCAAUACUCAAUCCUGGCGAACGUUGUCCGUUGCAGGUCAUGCGUGCCAGCCGGGAAAAAUUGCUCACAAUUGCAUACCCUGGACUUAACUCUCAGUGGUCUGCACCCAUCAAUAUUGAAGACAUAGGAUCUGUUCACCUUCGCGUUCGACUCCCGAACAACGACAUGGAUAUAGUUCAGGCCGACGUCAAGAUUGAUGGAUCUACGAUAUUCGUAAUACUGUCUGCCGCGGAAGGAUGGCCCUUUGUGAUUGAGAACGACAGCGAUUUCUCUGUCUCCAUGAUGCAAUGGGAUCCAAGUCGUGGAGAUGUGGACGCAGUAAAAUCUUCCACCCCACGAUACAAGUUGGGACCUCGCUCGAGCAUGACAUAUGCUUGGGACCAGCCUGCUGUCAGAGAGAAGAAGAUAAUGCUCAUGAUAAAUGAUUCCCGCCGCGUUGUGGACAUCAUGGAGAUUGGUGUUCUCAUGCCAUUCAAAUUCCAUGACCGCCAAAGGACCCGUGCAGUUUCAUUGGAUGUGAGAGCAGAUGGACACAAACAGACAUUGCGCAUCACACCAUACGUUGCUGAGCAUAGCCUCUACAAGCCGAAACAUCGCAGUUCGAGCUCCUUGUCGCGAUCUGAUACCAUGACAAGCAGUUCAGAAGGUUUUGAAGCAAUCAGGGAAGACGUUUCCCCGACAUUGACAUUCAAUGUGGAGUUCGCUGGAAUAGCAAUAUCCUUGGUUAACCGCAGGAUGGUCGAAGUCGUUUACAUAUCCAUAGAGGCUUUAAAGUUCGAGUACAGCGACAGCCCUGUCGCACAGUCCGUGAACCUGUCCUGUGGCUCACUACAAAUCGACAACCAGCUGCACGAUGCGCUGUAUCCAGUCAUUCUCCAGCCUAGCCCAAUAUCCAAGGAAGCCAGUGGUGCCGCAGUCCUCCCGACAAUACAGGGUUCGGUAAUUUGGCUUAAAGACCAAGAACACGGUGUCUUAUUCGUCAAGUAUUGCUCUGUCCUCCUCCAGGCGCUGACCAUCGAAACAGACGAAGAUCUACUUUUCGCAAUAUACGAUCUGACACAAAUCCAGGGUGUGUCGUGGGAAGAGAACACUGAGGAUGUUCUAAUACAACAUCCCGAAGAUAUACCAGAACCUCAGAUUUCUGCUGCCGGACAAGAUGUCUACUUUGAACUCUUGGAACUUCAACCAAUACAACUGUCUCUUUCAUUCAUGGCCACUGAAAGGGUUAGCAGCGAGGAAAAGCUGAGCAUUCGCAACCCUUUAGCUGUUGUCGUCAACGCAUUGACGAUGACUUUGGGUAACAUCAAUGACGCGCCGCUGGAGUUGAACGCAUUGGCCAUCAAAGACAUGCGACUGACGAUGCCUGAACUGCAAACUAGGAUUACUUACCAUUACCGUCAGGAUAUUCUUCGUCAGCUUUAUCGCAUCCUCGGAUCAGCCGACUUCAUCGGCAAUCCUGUUGGGCUCUUUACGAAUGUCAGCUCUGGCGUCUCGGACAUUUUCUAUGCCCCGUACAAUGGAGUUGUUAUGCAUGGCAACAGGGAGCUAGGGAUUGGAAUUGCCAAGGGUGCUGCUAGCUUUGUGAAGAAAACGGUGUUUGGCUUGUCAGAUAGUAUGACCAAGUUCACCAGCAGUGUUGGCAAAGGGCUAUCUGCGGCAACUUUUGAUUCUGAGUAUCAGGCUCAGCGCAGAAUGACUCAGCGGCGCAACCGCCCGCGCCAUGCUAUCUACGGUGUUGCGGCAGGAGGCGAAGCUCUUGCGAGUAGCGUGGUCAGCGCAAUGGAAGGGAUCGUUACAAAACCCAUACAAGGCGCUGAAACGGAAGGAGCACUCGGCUUCUUCAAGGGCGUCGGAAAGGGGCUUGUGGGCGCUGUUACCAAACCGGCUGUUGGCGUCUUUGAUCUUGCGUCCAACCUAUCCGAAGGGAUACGCAAUACAACUACGGUGUUUGACAAACCAGAGCGAGAUCGCGUUCGUCUGCCGAGACAUGUACCACCGGAUGGCAUUUUGGUGCCAUUCUCUGCUCGUGAAGCCUUGGGUCAGUAUUGGAUGAGGGACCUUGACAAUGGCGCAUUCCGCAAAGAGGCCUACGUCGCACACAUCGACUCGCCCGGUAACGACAACGUCAUAUUGCUGACUUCGUCACGAGUUCUUUCCUUUUGGUCGAAAAAGCUCCGUCUUGAUUGGGAUCUCCCCCUGGCCAUGGUGCAGGGUAUCGCAGUGGAAGAUACUGGCAUCCGUUUCACUCACAAGUCUGGAAAAGACCACGACAAAUUCGUAUUCAUACCAGACAAAACAUCUCAAGCGUGGUUCUUUGGUCAAAUCACAUCUGUAGUCAAAGCCUUCAACAACCGCCGUAGAAUGGACACAUGAUUAGAACGCAAACAUUGCUGUAUUCGUUGUAAAGACUGUAUUUUCUCUAGCAUU